CCCGCGCUUACUUCUGAGCUCUCCUCAUCGUCGACGUCGUCGUACAUCCUCAGCGCAUAGCUAUAUAGCGUCAGCUUGCCAGCGCCCAUCACCCAUAGCUCCUUGACGCUCAUCACUCGACAACCUCAUCGCCGAGCAACCUCAUCCCCCAUGGACUCCUUCGACGACCUCCUCGACUUCCUCGGCGCAGGCACCUCGCGGCCCGCCGAAGCGUCUGCUCGCAAUCCUCUUGGCAGCUCGAGCGCAUCCUCCUCAAGCGCAUCCCUUGCCGCAUCCACCUCCGACCUGCUCUCAGCAUCUCCAUCAUCCGCGCCCACAUCCCCCGACGACGUCAUCAUGUCCAUCCUGGCAGACGCCGAGCACGGCUAUGGGGGAAGCAACGUGCACGGGUGGUGUGUGGUUGCGUAGGGGGGAUACGAAGCGAGCCGUGCAGGACGCGCGCUUCGUGCGCAGCGCCGCCGGCUCGCUCAUGCUCUAAGCUGCGUCGGCUGUCCUACAGCUGACGCCUAACUAUACUCUAUACUCGCGGUGUUCACCCCCGCGACCUUCCUGGAUCCCGUUCAAUCCCCUGUGCUGCAUGCUCCGCCUCCUUCGACCGACCUUGUAUAUGUUUCCCUCCUAUCCGCCCACAUACACGCUCGCGGCGGCCCUUCGUCCUUCCUUGUACAUAUGCUUAUCCUUCCUCGCUCGACUCGUUCUCUCUCCCUUGUUCGUCACGCUCUGACGCCUCUCACGAUCCGACGCAUACGAUACCACAUCACGACGCAGUACACGCACACGACUAAG